UAUUGAUACGGAAAGUACAAUUAACUAUUGUAAAAUAUAUUAUAUAAUGUUUACUUUUAACUCUACAGUAACAAUUUUACAAAAGAAAUGUAUCCAUAUUAUAGAAAAAAAAAGAAAAAUAAGAGAUUGUAUUAAUACAAUGAGGGUAGUGUGAAGUCUUACGAACGUUAAUUAAAUUUCGACGCAACGUGAGCACGUGCACUACUAUUUGUGGCUCCCACAGCUUACCAUUAAAGAAGAAUUAAGAAAAAAGAAUGUCUUCCGACUCGGAUUUUUCUGAAUCUGAAAAUGAAGAUUACGAGGUCUGUUGUACGCAAGGAUCAUGUGGAUUCAUUAAAGGAAAUACUUUGCCUUUUGAUCCUUCGUCUAUAGAAAAAGUAAUUCUAUCAAUAUCGGAUCAAUUCAAUUUCCGAGUUAUUUUAAACGAUGGAAGAGCAAGAAGUGCUGUUAUGAUUACGACAGGUUUAACUUUGGCGGGCGCUCUGAUCGGGAGACAUUAUGGCGGGAAAGUUGGUGCAGCAGUCGGCGGAGCGGUUGGUGGCGUUUGUGGCUUAGGCGUUGUUGCGGUCACAAUGCGAGAAAUUUGGCAGGAAAUUAAAGGAAAACUAUCAGAGCUUUUCGAAAUUGUAUACGAUUACCUAGCUGGCCUGGGUUUAGACGACUACAGAAAGGCGGCCAAAUUCCUCACUCAGCAGUCGGGGGGCACUGCUCAACUGGGAAUGGUGAUUUUGCAAGUCGCAUCUGACUUACUUGGAAAGAAAAUUGUGUCUAGUUUAACUGCUAUGUAAUUGAGUUUUAGAUUAAUUAUUUGUAGCUAGAUGAUUUUAAAAUGUUAUUAGAAUUAAGACAUGAACAUAAAUCGACAUAAUAAUAAUUGUAAUUGUGAUAAAGAGAUAAUGUCUGUGAUAUGUGUGACUUAAAUUAUAUAAUAUGUAGAUUGAUGAAUUUUAACAAUUUUAAUAUGACACUGAACAGACAUUUAUAUGAACAAAAUAUUAGGAUAAGAAUUGUAUCUUCCAUUAUUUAUUGU